AUGGAUUUCAACGCACUCAAAGAAGCCGCCGCCAACAUUUCAAYCUAUGACAUCAAAGCAGGUGUUCGCAAGGUCCAAAAUGCCGUCAUGAACUACACAGAAAUGGAGUCCAAAGUCCGCGAAGCAACCAAUAAUGAACCUUGGGGUGCCUCUUCUUCCAUGAUGCAAGAAAUCGCCAAUGCGACCUUCAACUACCAACUCCUCACCGAAAUCAUGCCCAUGAUCUACAAACGCUUCACCGAGAAAUCCGCAGAGGAAUGGCGUCAGAUUUACAAAGCGCUGCAACUGUUGGAAUUCCUGAUCAAAAAUGGCUCCGAGAGGGUCAUCGACGAUGCACGGCUACACCUGAACCUCCUCAAGAUGCUGAAGCAGUUUCAUUUCAUCGACCAGAAUGGCAAGGAUCAGGGGAUCAACGUCCGGAACCGCAGUAAAGAGCUGACGGAGCUGUUGGGAGAUGUCGAGCGGAUUCGAGCGGAGAGGAAAAAGGCAAGAGCAACGAAGAACAAAUAUGGAGGUGUCGAGGGUGGUGCUGGACUGGGCAUGGGAGGAUCAUCUUCUGCAAGAUAUGGUGGUUUCGGGAGUGAGAGCGGUGGAGCUGGUUACGAGGGCAGCUUUGGAGGUACGAGUCGAGGGGUGUACGGAGAUGGUGGUGGAUUUGGUGGUGAGAGCCAUGAAGAAUAUGACGAGGGUGGGAGGACAGCUGGUCAGGACAGGUUCGAUGAAUACGACGAAUAUGAUGAUGGUGGUGCACAAGCUGCUCCUGGUAGGCGGAAACAUAAUGCCAGCACGGCGAGGACCCCUGCGAAGAAAGCAGAGGCUCCAAAGCCAGCACAAGCACCCAAGCCAAAGGAGCCAGAAGUGGAUCUCUUCGAUUUUGGCGAUGAUGAGCCUGCUGCUGCUCCUUCAAACGGUUCUGCAUCCAAGGCUCUCGCACCACCCACAAUAGCUCCUCAAACAGUAGCAGAUGACGACGACUUUGACGACUUUCAAUCCGCAGCUCCAGCAGCCCAGCCAGCCGCUCAACCAUCCAUACCCGCAAUCCCCAAACCCAACUACAGCUCUUUCUCUACCACCUCAUCGGCAACACAAUUCGCUCAACCAGCACCGCAAUCAGGUGCAAACCAAGCAGGUUUCUCCAACCUCUUCUCCACCACAUCUCCAGCUCCCAGCAGUACCGGCACACCCUCCAACUCUGCCUUCCUACCACCCUCGGCGCCAAAGCCGUCAGGUUAUCAACCCAGCGGUCCGAACUAUUUCACCAGCGUGGCUUCUUCUGCCUCUCCAGCAGGCGCUGCAUCGAGCCCUGGUGCUGGGAUUGGUGGCAACAAGAUUGGCGCACCCGCGGCGAAGAAGUCUGCGGGAGGAGGUGAUGCAUUUGCCAGUUUAUUGGCCGGCAGUGGUAUGAAGAAGAGUCCUGCUGCGGGGCAAGGCAAGGGCAUGACAAUUGCCGAUAUGGCGAAGCAGAAGAGCCAGGCGGGUCUAUAUGGUGCUCCCGCACCCGCGCCGGCUCAGGCAGGAAACAAUGGGAGUGUGAACAAGACUGGCAGUGCGAUGGAUGAUCUUCUGGGUUAG